AUGACUCAAGAAAAACCCAAAGCAGACAGCCAAGGACAAAGUUAUACACCGACCUACAAACCGCCUUUAACAGAGCUUUUAGCACGUAAAUAUUUCUUUUCCUCUUUAGGAUUUAUACAAAAGAAUCACCAAGAAGCUGCAGAACCACUAAUAACACAUAAGUGCGAUCCCUCCACAUCAUUUGAUGCUGCUACUAGUGCAUAUGGUGAAAUAUUGCUCUUCAAAAAUAAAUACUUUUGGCAGACACAGCCAGCAGUAGCAGAUGCCAAGUUGACUGCUAUCCAGGAUGUCUGGCUUGGCCUCCCAUCAAACAUUGACGCUGCUUGUGAAAUUCCUGAAGAUGAUAUUAUUUACUUUUUCAAAGGAACAAAAUUUUGGGCAUACAACCGUUAUGAUCUUAGUCAAAAUUCAUCUCAAUCUAUUUCCCUCUUUGGACUUCCAGCAUAUGUGAAGCAAAUAGAUGCAGUAAUAUUUAUUCAACAGACAAAAAAAAUAAUAUUCUUUGUGGGGAAGAUGUACUGGAGUUACAAUGAGAAAAUAAAGACUAUGGACUAUGGCUAUCCAAAACAGAUAAAUAGCAACUGGCCAGGAAUCAAUGACAAAAUAGAUGCUGCCUUACAGAGUAAUGGAUUGUUUUACUUCUUCAGUGGGCCACGACUGUAUGAAUAUGACAACUGGAGAAAAGAAAUUGUUCGCACAUUAAAUUCUAACAAAUGGCUGGGAUGCUGAGCAUCUGAAUUCUGACUCACUAUACAACAUAUAUUUUAGGCUAAAGAUCAAUUCUCAGUGGCCAAAUAGUUAUAAGGACGAGCAUUCUGCCACAAAAUUUGAAUGAAAUAAUGUAAUUACUACAAGUCUUUUUAAUACAUCCAAUGUUUUUCUAACAUUAUAACUAAGUAAAUGAUUAAGCAAUGUUUCUUCUUUUUUUAAAAAAAAGGUAUUCUAAAGCAUUGAAGUGAGUCCAUGAGCAGUCCAUUGAGCAUCAUUCUUUGACAGACCACCACUGUAUGGUUAGAUUUUAACAUAUACAAUACAACAAAGGGAGCAUUGGAGGCUGUUCAUUAUUGGGUUUUUAUGAAGGUGUCAGUUAUGCAUCUGUAAGCUUUGUCCUAUGUUACAUUUUUCAGAUUAUUGCCUCCUUCUGUUAAAUAAAUAAUUUUUAAUGUCAA